UUCAAUUCAUUUAUCUGCAGGAAUGAUUGCGACUAUCAGUCUAGAGCUCACCGCCUGACUGAGGAGGUGAAAGUUGCGCCACAGGAAGAUAAACCACAAAAGACAAUAUUGUAUGUAUACAUGAUUUUGCGUGUGCAUCGGAUGAGCGGUAUAGGGGAAUUCCUCGCGUCUUAGAAAGUAAACAGAAAAUCGGUGGAUUCGAGAGUUUGCCCAGUCCGGUGCGGUCCAACAGACACAGAGAGGGGGAGGAAGAAUAUCUGUGCGUGGUUUUUUGAUUUCUGCUCUCAGUCGUCUCGGCGAGUCUAGACUGAAGAUGCUCUUGGACGCAGGACCGCAGUAUCCCACCAUAGGAGUCACUACUUUCGGCUCCUCGCGGCAUCACUCAACAGGCGAAGUCACAGAGAGAGAAGUGGCGUUGGGGAUAAAUCCGUUCGCGGAUGGGAUGGGCGCCUUCAAAAUAAACCACAGCUCCCAUGAUAUUGGCUCCGGACAGACGGCGUUUUCCUCCCAGGCGCCCGGCUACGCUGCAGCAGCCCUGGGGCACCAUCAUCACCCGACCCACGUUGGCUCUUACUCCACGGCGGCUUUCAACUCCACCAGGGACUUUCUCUUCAGAAAUCGGGGUUUCGGUGAUGCCACCGGGGCGCAGCACAGUUUGUUCGCCUCCGGAAGUUUCGCAGGGCCACAUGGACACUCAGAUGCAGCGGGUCACCUGCUCUUCCCGGGGCUCCACGAGCAAGCGGCGAGCCACGCGUCUUCCAACGUGGUCAACAGCCAGAUGCGGCUGGGCUUCUCGGGGGACAUGUACGGACGCGCCGACCAGUAUGGCCACGUUACGAGCCCGCGGUCCGACCACUACGCCUCGACCCAGCUGCACGGCUACGGCCCCAUGAACAUGAAUAUGGCCGCACACCACGGAGCAGGGGCCUUCUUUCGAUACAUGAGGCAGCCGAUCAAACAAGAGCUCAUCUGCAAGUGGAUCGAGCCGGAGCAGCUGACGAACCCCAAAAAGUCGUGCAACAAAACUUUUAGCACGAUGCACGAGCUGGUGACCCAUCUGACGGUGGAGCAUGUUGGGGGACCAGAGCAGACCAACCACAUUUGCUUCUGGGAGGACUGCUCCAGAGAAGGGAAGCCGUUCAAAGCCAAAUACAAACUUGUAAAUCAUAUCAGAGUACACACCGGUGAAAAGCCAUUUCCGUGCCCGUUCCCCGGCUGUGGCAAAGUAUUUGCUCGAUCGGAAAAUCUAAAAAUUCACAAAAGGACUCACACCGGUGAGAAGCCUUUUAAGUGUGAGUUUGAAGGCUGCGACAGGCGAUUUGCAAACAGCAGUGACCGCAAGAAACACAUGCACGUCCACACGUCGGACAAGCCCUAUCUGUGCAAAAUGUGCGACAAGUCAUACACACAUCCCAGCUCCCUCCGAAAACACAUGAAGGUCCACGAAUCCACCAAUCCGGGACCGCAGCCAUCUCCAGCGGCCAGUUCAGGGUACGAGUCCUCCACGCCUCCCACCAUAGUAUCACCGUCCACAGAGAACCAGAGCAGCAGCUCCAUAUCACCAGCAGCCUCAGCAGUACACCACACAACCAGCCACAGCACGCUGUCGUCAAAUUUCAAUGAAUGGUACGUGUAAAUAUUUUUGAACACAAAAAAAAGUGGUGGGGGAAAAAAAGAGACUGCAGAUUUUUUUUUUCCUUUUUUUUAAGCUGCUUGGAAUCAAAGACUUUAUAAAAAUCAGCCAGUGAAACGUGGACUGAGAAAACACGGGAGAGCCCCCUCCCCUCCCCUAACGAUCAAUUAAAGGCUGUCUUAAUGUCAGUGAAUGCAUGGACAAAAAGGAGGCGAGGACAGCCACCAAGUUAAACUUUCCCCCUCAAUAUUCCUUUAUUUUUACUGAGAGACUGAGGGAAAAAAAAGAGAUCUCAAAAAAGCAUGCUAUCUCCGGGUAGAGGCCUGAAUUUUUUUUGUACAUAAGGAUUUCACCAAGUUUUUGGGGGAAAAAUGUAAUAUUUUAUUUUGUAAAUAUCACAGUUUAAGGGAAUUUGUGAAAAAUGUGGUCCCUAGAUAUAUGGAAAAAUGAGAUGGUUUUAAGAAUAUCGCGAUGAAUAGACUUCAUUGAAAAGAAUGUUAUAGUUGUGUACCAAAUGUGAAUUAUUCAGUAUUACUACAGUCUACACGUCGACCUAACCGACUCUUAGUAUUAAUGUGCUUUUUGUAGCCUAUUCAGUGCAACAUUUUCGUCCAAGGUCCAGUUUGAGUAGCACAGUAAUCAUUGUUGUUAUUUAAUGUCAUGUCGAUAAAUCGUGUAGUGGAAGCCUGAAAUUCCGUGUCAAUCUGUUUAUGUACGUGAUAAAUAUAAAAAAAAACUCUGUCAAUUA